AUGGAGCUAAAGUGUCACCUAUUCCCUGUUCUUUAUGCAAAAGAAGCCAUACAAGAAGCUAUGAUAGCAGAGAGGUUAUUUGGAAAUGGCAGGGAGAGAAUAUGGUCGUGGCAGUGGACUACACCAUUAUCAGUUUGUGAAACGCGGAUGCUGGAUGAUCUUAAGGUUUUGUUGGCUGAUUUUUCUUUACAAGUGAAUGUUCAGGAUACAUGGCGAUGGGUUCCUGGAAACACAGGAUUUUUUUCGUUAAAGUCUUGUUAUAAUUGGUUCUUAGAACAAUGUCAGAUAGAGGAAUUAAGUUCUAAUGUGUUGAAUGCUAUUAAUAAGCUAUGGAGGAAUGAUGUACCAUCCAAGGUGAAUUUUUUCGGUUGUAGGUUGUUAUUAGAAAGAUUACCGACGAGAACGGCACUUCACCACAGAGGUAUCCUUAAUAACGCGCAUGAGUUAUCUUGUGUUUUUUGCUUUCUUGAUAAUGAGGAUUGCAACCAUCUUUUUUUCCUCUGUCCGUUUAGUAAACGAAUAUGGGAAGCGAUUUUUAAGUGGACAGGAAAGAGACUUCCACCGAAUAAAAAAGGUUGGAAUCAUUUUGCGUUAUUUGGUGAUAUGGUAAAAUCAAAGAAAGGUGAACGGGUUAGACAUUUGAUUUGGCUGGCAACUUCUUGGAACAUGUGGAAGCUUAGAAAUAGUGUGAUUUUCAAGGGAGCUUUUCCAAAUGCUCUUCUUCUUUUGAAUGACAUUAAAUUCAGGAAUUCUUGGGUUUGGUUUAGUAGUCGGUAUGGCCGAAACUCUAGUUUAUCAUUUAAGGACUGGUGUCAUGACCCUUUGGGUUGUAUUCAAAGCAUUUAA